AAGUAAGGAGCACACAACUGAUCGAGCACACAGCACACACAGAGCAACAACAACGACAAGCCUCGCGUUGCAAACAAACAAUCGCCAUCGCCGUACGCCGCAUCCAAGAUUCCAAGGAACAAGCUAAGCUAACCGGAAGUUUGCUGCCAACAAGUACUUGAGUCAUAGCCAUGGCGAAGACAGCGGCGCGGAGCAAUGGCGCCUCCUCGGCGGCGAAGCCGCAGCAGCAGCAGCAACUUGGGGGCAAGAUGAAGACGUACAAGGGCGUGCGGAUGCGGAGCUGGGGCGCGUGGGUGUCGGAGAUCCGUGCGCCGGGGCAGAAGACGCGGAUAUGGUUGGGCUCCCACUCCACCGCCGAGGCCGCGGCGCGCGCCUACGACGCCGCGCUGCUCUGCCUCAAGGGCUCCGCCGCCGACCUCAACUUCCCCGUCCGCUUCCCCUUCGCCCUCCCCGCCGCCGCCAUGUCGCCCAAGUCCAUCCAGCGCGUCGCCGCCGCCGCCGCCGCUGCCAGCGCCGGCGCCGCCGUCGUCGAUUUCCCCAUGAAUGCCGAUGACAGCUCCAGCGCCAGCGCCAGCGACGGCGACGGCAUGGUCACCACGGACUGCAGCAGCUCCAGCAAUGGCGCCUCGGCGGUCAGCUCCCCGGAGACGGCCAGCAGCGACGAAGCCGCCGCCCACGAACUGGACUACUACGGCGCGCUCGCGGACAUCGAUGCGUUCUUCCAGUCGCCCAAGUGCAUGGAGUACGCCAUGAUGGACCCGUGCAGCGCCUUCUUCGCGCCCGCGCCGAUGGCGACGGGGGACGAGUACUGCAGCGGCUGGGAGCAGGAGGAGGAAGGCGACAUUGCGCUCUGGAGCUUCUCCUCUCUGGAACUCUGAAGUGUUGAGUUGGAGACUUGGAGAAGAGGAACUCGCUGAAGAAACUGACAAAUCGUUAAUCUGGUGACCAGAAACUGGUCAUUUGGAUGGUCAUGACUAUACUUAAUUUCAUUCCAUUAUACUAUGGUAAUUCGAUUCAAUGUACACAAUGGUAAUAAGCUAAUUACGCGUUGUGGGGGAGCUCUCGUGGAGCUGCAUGUUUUAAAGGCAGCUUCCAUGGAGUUAACCUCCUUACAAAGUUACAAUUGCUUCGUUACAUACAUGCAUAUGUAAAAGACGCUUUUCUAAGGUA